AAACAUUCGGAAGUUACGGUUUUUCGACGAAAUAGAGUAUACAACACUGUUGACCAGGAAGUUUUAGAGUUCUGAGAUGAUAACAAUUGGAUUAUUUCUAUUAUUUACAGAAACAUGGGCACAAAUAUCAAUAAAUACAGAAGGAACCUGGAGUGAUGCCAACUUGAGCUGCAGACUUCUCGGAUCAAACGAAAGUGGGUUGUUUGAAUUAUCAGAUGAAUAUGCAGCUCUAGUACCCUCAGAUGGAAACAUGUAUUGGAUAGCUGCAAUUAAAAAGACAACAAAACCUUUUAAAUUUGACCAAUGUGUAUCUAUUGACAACUUUGAUGACUUCAAUCGAAAACCACUUCAAGAUACAUAUGGCUGCUAUGAGUUUUGUACCGGGCUUCUUUUUGCAAUAUCGUCAAGUCAAUGCGUUUGUACAACUUCUGAAAGUAACGCACGAAAUCCUUUAGGAUGUACUGACCAAAUAUUAAGGAAAAAAGAAACACAAAUGGACUUAUACAUCGACAGAGGUUUUUUGGAAUACAGUAAAAUAGAUACAGACAGUAUACAAGGGGAAGGUGACUGCGCGGCCGUAAUCUUGAAAAAUGGAGGAGGUCCAGGGCUGACGCACGAAUUUCUUCCCUGCAAUACAGAGCUUCCUUCUAUAUGUACUGGGCAACAAGACACCUUAAAGACAGAAAGUAAAAACUGGACCGACGCUGUGUUAAACUGUAAAGGUAUUUUGAAAGGAUCCUUUGAUGGCUUUUACCCUCUGUCAAAUCCUCCGUCAAAUAAUACAAAGGCAUGGACAGGAAUAUCAAGGCGAAGUAUAAAACAAUGGAGCAAUGGUAUAAUUGAUUUUAUCACAGAUCCGUAUGAGUGUUUAGCUAUUAGCAAAAACAACUUGGCAAAGAGCGGUGUACAAAUCCAUGUCAAAAACUGCAAUGAUUCACUCCCUUCUCUGUGUGAAGGAUCAGAUCCUACUCACGUGUCUUCUACUCCACUCACUACAACUGAAGGUGAGACAACCUCAAUUGAAGUCACAAAUUUUUCAGAUUUUACUACCAUAGUUACUACGAAACUAAUACCCCAGAGUACCCCCGUCCCUUAUCCUCAGACAUCCCCUGUAUUGCCUGCUGAACAGGAUACCACGCCUAAUGAUAAUCUCAUACCGCCUAUUGUAGGGGGUGCAGCGGCUGGAGUAAUUAUCAUUUUAUUGAUAGUCUUAAUUGUAGUUUAUAGAAGAUUUCAACAAAAAAAUAUCAAUAAAGUAAACCGUCAUAGUUCCGGUGUUGCGUAUAGUAUUGUCGACAAGUCCCGCCAAGAAAGUGCUACUGGUCUGAACGGAGCACUAGUUCAAACCGGUACUGACGACACCUACGACCAUACAGUAAACAGUACGUCACGUCAGAGUGUACACAACGAACAGGAAAAUAUGUACGAUCACACAACUGCUCCUCAGAAAGAAAAAUCGGAGGAUAAUUUCUACGAUUCAACAUAUAGAAAUUCUCAAAAAGAAACGAUUAUUAACGACAAUGAAUAUGGCUCUGUGAAUCCAGCAACAGGAAAUGACGUGUACAGCCACACUAAUCAAGUCUUCAGUUCUGGUGAUACAGACGUUGAAAAUUAUGAUAGCAUGAAAAAUCUCAAAUAAAGCAAAUAAAAAUAUACUGAAAUAUUUUCUAGAAAGAUGUUUACUUAAAGCGAAAACAGCUAUCUCAAAUGCACGAUAACCGUUCAAAUCACAGAAAUUUAGGUUAUUUCAAAAUUUCUCCAUAUUCAAAUGCAUUAAGGGUAAAAUUCUGUAGAAAAUUGGGAUGACAAAGAUUAAAUAAAUGCACUACAGCCACAACGAUUGGCUUAUGAAAAUUCUCUAGUUUUCUUGGCGAGAACUAUAGCCACAAUGGGGACGGGUUAGAUUUUUUUCGCCCACGUUUCACAAUUUGGGACCUUAUGUACAUAGAUAUUUUAAGUGUCUAACAGAAUGUGAUAUUUAAUUCUACAUCUAUGUUGUACUGUUCAUGUAUUGAUCUUCAAAUAGUGCUUGCUUUUUCAUGAGACUUUUUUUUUAAUAAUUCAUACUUGCUUGAGUUAAUAGAGUUUGGGAUAGAUCUGAGUAGGAACAGACUGUGAAUGUUGUGGAGACAUUUUAAGAAUAUUAUAGGAUGUUUAUAGCUACCGUACAUUUUCAACUUAUAUGGAAAAUUAUUUCUUCCUUAGACAUGUAGAAAAUUAUUUGUCGUCAAUUUUGUCGUGUUGCAAGUUUAAGUUGUGGAAUGACACAUUAUACAGUUUAAAAAGCAAAUAUUUGGAUAUGUUCUCAUGAAAAAGAAUGUCAUUUCAUUGUUUUACUGUAUUUCAAAUGAUAUUUUUUUAAUACGUUUUACAAAUAUGCUUCCAAAGAUCUUAAGUUUCAGA